AGUCUUUAGUGUUUCCGUAAUGCAACCUUAUAGGGAGCUAGAAUGUCCGUAGUGAGUUCUGAAUGUAAUGGAUCAGUCAGGUCUUCCUAACUCCAACUUGAGCCUUUCUGUAUUAGUUAUGUCUCUGUUGCUGUGCUAAGACACCACGACCAAACCAACUUAGGGAAGAUGUUUAUUUGGGGUGGGCAGGGACAGAGUGGCAGCCGGUGGCAGGGCAGUGAACUGAGAGCUCAUGUCUUUAACCACCAGCGUGAGACAGAGCGACCUAGAUGGAGGGCAAGGUUUUAAGCUCUCAAAGCCCACCUCCAGCCUGUAAGGACACUUGCUGCCAAGCUUGACAACCUGAGUUCAAUUCCCAGGUGGUAGGAAAAAAACAACUCUUGAGAGUAUUGUCUUCUGACCUCCAUACAGGCACAAACACAAGAGAUUAAUGUAAAUGUUUAGUGAUGAUGGUGAUGAUAAUAAAAGAAUCUGUUUGUGCAUGGUGGUUCUCACUUUUAACCCCAGUACUCUGGAGGAGGCAGAGGCAGGCAGAUCUGUCUGAGUCUGAGGCCAGCCUGGUCUACAUAGCAAGUUCCAGGCUAGCCAGGGAUACUCAUGGAGACCUUGUGUUUGAAGAAGAAAAAGAACCAGGGGAGAUGGCUCGGCAGGUAAAAGUACUUAACCGUCAAGCCGGCAGCCUGGGAUCCACAUGUGGAAGGAGAGAGCCAACUCCUAUAAGUAAGAUCUCCACGUGGCAGGAGUUGAGGCAGCUGCGGGAGCAGAUCCGGAGCCUGGAGGCAGAGAAGGAGGCUGUGACCCAGGCCGUGCAGGCCCUGCUGGUAAACCAAGACAACGACCAAGUGCAGAAGGACCCUCAAUAUCAGGAUCUGCGGGCCCGCGGCCGGGAAAUCCGGAAACAGCUCACACCAUUGUACCCCAGAGAGACCCAGCUGGAGGAGCAGUUUUACCUGCAGGCACUGAGGUUGCCCAACCAAACCCACCCAGACACGCCUGCUGGGGACGAGAGCCAGGCUAGAGUGCUCCGUGUAGUGGGCGACAAGCCAGUAUUCUCCUUCCGACCCCGAGGCCACCUGGAAAUUGGCGAGAAACUGGACAUUAUCCGGCAGAAGCGCCUGUCUCACGUGUCUGGACACCGGUCCUAUUACCUGCGUGGGGCUGGGGCCCUCUUACAGCACGGCCUGGUCAACUUUACCCUCGGCAAGCUUCUCAGCAGGGGCUUCACCCCCAUGACGGUUCCAGACCUUCUGCGAGGAGCUGUGUUUGAAGGCUGUGGAAUGACACCAAACGCCAGCCCAUCCCAAAUUUACAAUAUUGACCCCUCCCGCUUCAAAGAUCUCAACCUGGCUGGCACAGCAGAGGUGGGAUUGGCAGGAUACUUCAUGGACCACUCCGUAGCUGCCAGAGACCUGCCAGUCAGGAUGGUCUGCGCCAGCACCUGCUACCGGGCCGAGACAGACACCGGGAAGGAGCCUCGGGGGCUGUACCGAGUUCAUCACUUCACCAAAGUUGAGAUGUUCGGGGUGACAGCCCCUGGGCUGGAGCAGAGCUCACAGCUGCUGGAUGAGUUCCUGUCCCUGCAGAUGGAGAUCUUGACUGAGCUGGGCCUGCACUUCCGGGUGCUGGACAUGCCCACCCAGGAACUGGGCCUUCCUGCUUAUCGCAAGUUCGACAUUGAGGCCUGGAUGCCUGGCCGAGGCCGAUACGGAGAGGUCACCAGCGCCUCCAACUGCACAGACUUCCAGAGCCGCCGUCUGUAUAUCAUGUGUGAGGCGGAGGCUGGGGAGCUGCAGUUCGCACACACGGUGAAUGCCACGGCCUGUGCUGUUCCCCGAGUCCUCAUUGCUCUUCUGGAGAGCAACCAGCAAAAGGGUGGUUCCGUCCUUGUGCCUGCUGUCCUCCAGCCCUACGUAGGCACUGACCGGAUCACAGCCCCCACCCAUGUGCCUCUCCAGUACAUCGGCCCCAACCAGCCCCAGAAGCCCAGACUCCCUGGCCAGCCCACUGCCGGCUGACAGCUGACAGCUGUCAGCUCUAGAGGCCCCAGGCACUUAGAGCCUCUGCCCUGGAGCUGGCCCUGGUCUUUGUACUUGUCACCUCCCCUCCUGAACUCCUGGGUCUGUAUCUCUUUCUUCCCGGCUACUGAAUUAUUGUCAGUGGCCCCUACUGUCGCUGGCUGUCAGCCAGAAGCGUGUCCCGGCCUGUGAUAUGAAGGGCACCUGAGAAGAGCCCCAGAACCCCAUCCAAUUUCACAAUAAAUGGUCACAAGACCAGUCUCCUGGGUCUGAGAGAGACGUGCUAGGUGGCUGCUUCCCAGCGGCAUCGUUCAGGCACCUGUGGCAGCCCACAGGGCUCCAGCUGGGUGGCCUAAGGUCCCAGGGGAACCUAAAGGAUGCCAAGGCCUCUCUUUCUGUGGGACAAGAAGGCCGUCAUCCUCUGAUGCCUCAAACUGAGCCAUCUUUAUCCUUAUCCUUUGGCCAGUGGUCCCCAGCUCUCUAUUUCCCAUCCCAGAGCCGAUCCCCAGACACCUUUGCACCUCACCCCUGCACAGGCUCUCCAAGCCCUUUGCCUACCCUAGCUCCUCCCCUGGUGAUCUCCCUCAGUGCCUUAGGCAGCUCCAGCCAAUCCUCGGGCUAGCCUCGGCGUUUUCCCACCACUCCAGUGGGUUAGCAAACCUGAGGCUUCACCUUCGAAUGUUCCAGGGUCUGCCAGCUGCCCUCUUCCUCCUUCCUCGGCCCUCUUCGGCAAUUGGCCACUUAUCUUCCACCUGGCUAGUCACAGAAGACUUCCUUGUCUCUGCUCCCUGUGAGCAUCCGAGUUGGGUGUGGCCCCGACUGUUCAGGGUGCUCUGGUGGCUCCAGCAGAGUAAAGGGCAGGAGUUGCCAUGACUUCCUCCUCUGCCAGACUCACUGCUGACCUUUUCUACAUGUAUCUGCAAAUGUGGACCGUCCGGUUUCUCAAACGUCCGCUCCAGCAGGGCUGGGACACUGGCCGGUUUACUCACUGAUGUAGACCCAGGUCUACGGAGAAGAGUUGGCGUACAGUGUCUAGUGGAAGUUACUAGGGGAAUCAGGUCCUGUCUCAAAAAAUAAAUUACUGGAGUCUGG